AUGAACCCCAAACUUCCCUACGUUCUCCUGGUUGGGGCUGCAGUGAUAAUCUUCAUCCUCUCCUGCAUGCUGCUGAGCAGGGGGAGGGGAUCGCCCAGCUGUGAAUCCCAGCCCAGCACCGUGGAGGAGAAGACAGGAUCCGUGAGCCAGAGCCUGGUCUUUGCUGACCUGACACCCGAGGAGAUGGCGCAAGUGGUGCGGUACCUGCAGGGGAACCUCGGGGUGCCGCUGGUCGAUGCCUCGCGCGCCAAACCCUCGGACAACUGCAUCGCCUCCGUGGACCUGCAGGUCCCUGCCAAGGCAGAGGUGCUGCGGUUCCUGGACGGCGGGGGGGCUCGUCCCGCCCGAGAGGCCCUGGCCGUGCUGUACUUUGGGAACCAGCCAGACCCCAACGUCACCGAGUACGUGGUGGGUCCCCUGCCAGUGCCGGCGUACCACCGGGACGUGACGGUGCGGAAGUACGGGGGGAAGGUGCUGUACCACCGCAGACCGACGCUGGGCAGUGAGUACAAGCAGGUGGGAGCAUUCCUGGAAAUGGUGGCAUUUGCUGCAGCGCCAAGCUUCCUGCAAGAGGUCCUGGAGUAUGACAGCACCAACGUGGCGUUUCAGGCCACAGCCCCUCACGGCUUCCAGUCUGGAGACCGUAAGUCCUGGUUCAUCCUGUUUCAGAACGUGAGUGGAUUCUUCUUGCACCCGGUGGGGCUGGAGGUGCUGGUGGAUCACAGCAGCCUGGACAUCUCCCGGUGGGCGGUGAGCAGGGUCUUCUACAACGGGCAGUACUACAGGGACAUGGUUCAGCUGGAGAGUGCCUAUGUGCAGGGCCGUAUCAGCGUGGAGAAGGUGAGGAAGGCACCGAGGGACGGGGACUUCUCCUCCAUGAAGCCCCGAGCGCCUUCGGCCGCGCUGUUCCCACUGCAGUACGAGCCGCAGGGUCCUCGCUACAGCGUCAGGAACAACCUCGUCCACUUCCAGGCCUGGAGCUUUGCCUUUGGCAUGAGCGUGAGCACGGGCCUGCGCCUGUUUGACAUCCGACACAAGGGGGAGAGGGUUGCCUAUGAAAUCAGCGUGCAAGAGGCGCUGUCCGUGUACGGCUCCAACUGCCCAGGAGGGAUGUCCACGCGCUACAUGGAUGGGAGCUUUGGCCUCGGGCGCUACACCUCCCCCCUGGUGAGAGGGGUCGACUGCCCGUACUCGGCCACCUACGUGGACACACACGCUCUGUCUGAGACCCUGAGGCCCAGCACGAGGAAGGCUUCGCUCUGCAUCUUUGAGCAGAACCUGGGCUCCCCUCUGAGGCGCCACUACUCCAACUUGCAGUCGCUCUACUACGGGGGGCUGGUCAACUCUGCUCUGGUUGUCCGGUCCAUUGCCACCGUGGGGAACUAUGACUACGUGUGGGACUUCAUCUUCUACCAGAACGGGGCCAUUGAAGGCAAGGUGCAGGCCACGGGGUACCCCAGCUCAUCCUUUCUCCAUGGGGAUGGCCUGAGAUAUGGCAACAGGCUUUGGGAACACACUCUGGGUAUGAUACGUACUCAUGCCAUCAACUAUAAGGUGGAUCUGGACGUUGGAGGGUUGAAAAACUCCCUGGUGGCCCACGACAUGGCGUUUGAGAUGACACGGGCUCCCUGGAGCCCAGAGCAGCAGAUAGAGAGGCCACGACUCACCAAGAAAGUCCUGGACACAGAGGACCAGGCUGCCUUCCGACUCCAGUCAAAGAUGCCCAGAUACAUCUACUUUGCGGCCAACAGCAAAAACAAGUGGGGCCACCAGCGGGGUUACAGGAUCCAGAUCACCAGUUUUGCAGGGGACCACAUCCCUGAAGCCAGCUCCAUGGAGAGGGCCAUCAGCUGGGCAAGGUACCAGCUGGCUGUCACCCGGAGGAAGGAGGAGGAGCCCACCAGCACCAGCAUCUACAACCAGAAUGACCCCUGGACACCCACUGUUGCCUUUGCCAACUUCAUCAACAACGAGACCAUCACCAAUGAGGACCUGGUUGCCUGGAUAACCACUGGCUUCCUUCACAUCCCACACUCUGAGGAUAUUCCCAACACUGUGACUGAUGGCCAGAGCCUGGUCUUUGCUGACCUGACACCCGAGGAGAUGGCGCAAGUGGUGCGGUACCUGCAGGGGAACCUCGGGGUGCCGCUGGUCGAUGCCUCGCGCGCCAAACCCUCGGACAACUGCAUCGCCUCCGUGGACCUGCAGGUCCCUGCCAAGGCAGAGGUGCUGCGGUUCCUGGACGGCGGGGGGGCUCGUCCCGCCCGAGAGGCCCUGGCUGUGCUGUACUUCGGGAACCAGCCAGACCCCAACGUCACCGAGUACGUGGUGGGUCCCCUGCCAGCGCCGGCGUACCACCGGGACGUGACGGUGCGGAAAUACGGGGGGAAGGUGCCGUACCACCGCAGACCUGUUACUGGCAAGGAGUACGUGGAUAUCAACGCGCUCAUCCAGAGGGAGCUGAAAAAGGCGCCGCGAUUCCUCGCCGCGUGCUGCGAGUCCGACGGGACCGACCUGGCCGUCCUCACCACAGCCCCGCGGGGCUUCAAGUCUGGCGACCGCACAACCUGGUUUGUCCUUUUCCACAACGUGGCUGGCACCGGCUACUACCUGUCACCAGUGGGGCUGGAGGUGCUGGUGGAGCACGGGGACCUCCACAUCUCCCGCUGGCAGCUGCGCAAAGUCUUCUACAACGGCCGGUACUUUGCCAGCACAGAGGAUCUGGAGCGGGAGUUUCUGGCCCGCACGCUGGAGGUCGUCAGGCUCAAGAAGCCCCAGGCUGAUGCAGUGCUGGGCUCAAUGAGGCCCCGCCAUCUGCCUGACUCGCUGGGUCCGCUGCAGUUUGAGCCCCAAGGUCCCCGCUACAAUGUCAGGGACAAUCACAUCACCUACCAGGGCUGGAGCAUCACCUUUGGCAUGAACCCCAACUCCGGCCCACGUCUCUUUGACAUCAGGUACCGGGGGGAGAGGAUUGUCUAUGAGCUGAGUCUCCAGGAAGCCUUAGCCCUGUACGGCUCCAACUGCCCUGGGGGAAUGUCCACCCGCUACCUGGAUGGGAGCUUUGGCAUUGGCAGGUUUGCCUACGAGCUGGUCCAGGGCCUCGACUGCCCCUACAUGGCGACCUAUGUGGACCGGCACUACCUGGCAGAGUCAGAUACUCCCAAAACCAACCAGAAGUCACUCUGCAUUUUUGAGCACGACUCUGCCCUCCCCCUGCGCCGCCACUUCUCUGACUCACAGUCCUUUUACUACGGUGGGCUGCGGAAAAACACGCUGGUCAUCAGAACCAUCUCCACGCUCAUUAACUACGACUACAUCUGGGACUUCAUGUUCCACGGCAGUGGGGCCGUGGAGGUCCGUGUGCAUGCUACUGGCUACAUCAGCACCUCCUUCCUCCACGGCCAAGGCACUGACUAUGGCAACAGGGUUGGACCCCACACCCUGGGAACGAUGCACCUCCACCACAUGCACUACAAGGUGGACCUCGAUGUCGACGGUAGGUCUGGCCACCUUUGCUCGUGGCUGCAGUUCACAGCAGCUCUGCCUGGGGUCAGAUGA